AGCAGCCGGUCAGUGGCUGCGGCACAAACAGCGGCAGCAGCAGCGGCCGCAGUAGCGGCCGCAGGUCAGUGGCUCCUGCGGCUGCCACCGGAAACGCCACAUAGGGAGUGGCCGCAGCCACUCUCCUGAGCCGGCCCCCGCAGCGGGAGGAGGCUCCACGUCACUGAGGUGUAGCGUCGGCGUCAGUGCUCCACAAGGUGCUUCCUCACUCGGCGCGGCUCCGGGACCGACUGCACCGGGACAGGAACCCUCUCAUGUCGGCGACAACCAGCACGUGUGACCGCACCGCGAACACACACACACACACACACACACACACACACACACACAUGAAUGUGUGCUGAGCGGUGAGCGGCCUCGGUAGAGACACUGGAGGAAUCCACUGAGAGAGUGCCACACUGCCUCAGCUUCUAAAUGGGUGAAUCGGGCUCUCGCCGCUCCACACUCGUGUCCCGUCUGCCAAUCUUCCGCCGCAGCAACAGUAAGAGGCAGGAGUCUCUCCCCUCUUCUCCAUCCUCAGGCGGAGUGGAAAAUGGUGUCCACACUUCUUCGCCCUCCAGCACCAACUCCAGCUCUGGAAGCACUGGGAAACGCCGGAGUCUUUUCCGCACCCCAUCUCUUAGUUUCACUAAACGAAACAGUGAUCCCCGUGUCCAGCCAAACAACCUAAACCUCACCCCUCCACUGACACAGGGCACUGACGCAAAUGGAAAUAACCAUCAGUCGAUAACGGCAUCAGUGUCAACAGGGUUUAGUGAUGGUGGUGGACGCCCCAAGUCACGCCACUCCUUUGGAUUCGGCAGCCACAGGCAAAAGAAAAUCACCCGUUCUCAGACCGAGGAUUUUGAGAAAGCGUCCUCUUCCUCCUCCACAGCCAAUCGAAAUGUCUUUAUAAACUGCAUUAGCGGCUCAGGGGCCAAUGAGGGCGACGACUCCGGGUUCCUCGAUGACUACAGCGGUGGCAGUAACAACAAGAAACAGUCGUCACGCCAGAAGAAGCAGCUGCUGCCCAAAUCUUUCUCUGCUCACCACCGCUUCUCCCGGUCCUCCGAUCACCACAGACCUCCCGAGGUGAACCUGGAACCUCCGAGCUCUACCACUGUCACCCCAGCUGCAGGGGGGCUCACUCCAGGGUCAUGGCCCGGCGAGCUGCUAGGCGCCGGUGGUGAGAGCUCACUCCAGUCCCCUAUGAUAUCAGAGGACCGAACAACAGCCAUCACCCCGUCAGAGUUCGUCCCCAUGACGGAGGAUUCUGUAUCCGAGGUGGAUGCUCUGCCAGCUCCCAGCCCCGGAUCUGCUCUAGCCCCGGGACCAGUCUCUGUGCCUGGGCCAGAUACUGACACAGCUCCACCUGAACCUCCACCUGCGCCAGAGAGCUUCAGUGUGGCUAUAUCCACCUCCCAGGUUUUUUUUACUCCGGCUCAGUCCAGCACUGAAAAGCCCUUACUCCCCGACACCAGCACAGCCAACAACACAGACUAUGAAUCUGCCAUCUCCCUCUCGGAGCCCGAGACAGCUGUGCCCUGCCUACCACUGCAGGAACAAUCACUGGAAGAGAGGAAGGAGAGGGAGGAGGAGAGAAGGGAAGCGAUGACAGAGGAGUCAGCAGAGCAGAGGAAGGAGGUGGCGGUGGUGAGGAAAGCCGGUAACCUCGCAGAGACCACAAGCGAGAGCGAGGCCUGCGUGGUGCGCAGCGAGGGUUGUCACUCCAACCCGGAGCAAGUGGACAGAAGAGCGAGGAACACGCUCUCGGCGCAAGAAAGAGGAAGCUUCUGCAGCUGCCACGAACCCAGGCCAUCUCAUUUGAGGAAACCAAAACACACAGCCUCUCUGUGUAGCGGCGUCAGUCCCUAUCACGGGGUGAUGCGGAUGGAGAGGCGUCUGCGCUCCUCGUCUGAGGGUGCAGGUGGCCCUCGUGUCCAUGGAAACCACAGAGAUGCCCCGGGGAUGGAGGGAUGUGGUCUGCUCAAACACAGAAACAACUCUUCAUCAUCCAAACUGGGGAGUCUGGUAGGUGUUGAGGAUGUAUUGAACAACCUGGGCUCCUCAGAGCUCGAUGAAGAUGAUCUAAUGUUAGAUCUGGACCUCUCUGACGAUCAGAGACAUCGGCAUGUGUCUAGAGAAGACUCCAGCCAGUCCCUGGCCUCCUGUCUCAACCUGCUCCCGUCCCCCAUGGACCCAUCAGGAGAUCGCAUCCCGGGCAAAGAGAACAAUCAAAGGGAGCCCAGCCGCCCGACCAGCCUGCUGCCUGCUGACUGGAGCUCGGCGCUGGGUUUGGGGAGGGAAGAUGAGUCCUUGCCCCCGGGGCUGGAGGCACUUCCACUCAGACUAAUGCAGCAGGACUGCACUGCUGUCAAAACCCUGCUUUUAAGACUGAGACGGACACUGCAGGAGAGCGCAGAGACGAGUCCUGCCAGCAGCCUCCAGUCUCUACCCAUCAGCCCUUGCAGUGAAAAAUCCCUUCCAUUUAAGGAUCCGGGCAGAGAGGAGGCCCUGUUGCAACAACUGCGGGAGAAAGACGAGCUGAUUCUCAGACUCCAGAGUGAACUGGAGAAUGCCAAAGCUGCCCUGAAGAUGAAAGACUGCCAAAUGACUGACCGCAUAACACAGACAGAACACAUGGGGCCAGAGACCAAUCAUCCAGGCCGGUGGUCAGGACUAGGCAUCAGCAGCAGUCUGGCCCCAAGGGACCGAAGGGUAGUGCGGGGUGUGGGGGCAGCACUCGGAGGGGACCUCUGUAACCAGCACCUCCCCCAUCACCAUCCACCUCUGCACGGCCCCCCUCCUGCCUCCGAGCGACACACUGCCAGGGAGGAGCGCCACUGCCAGGGGGUAUUGGCACAGUCUUCAGCCCGUAACCCAGCUCUAAAUCUGUCUCCGGGCUCCUUCCACUGGUCCCCCGCUAUUUCUGCAAUGUCAGGCCCAGCCUCACCUUGUACUCCGGCUCAGCUUCAAGUGUCACAGCCGGGCGCCAAUCCAAAUCAAUGCCCGGGCUCCGGUUCGCCGGUUGCUAAUCUCACUGCAAUUCCAUCUCUAUCCUCCAGGCAGCCAGAGGGGGCGUCCUCCUCUACUGAGUCCUUAACUCCCGGUGGAGUUAAUCUGUCAGGUGGCGUAAGACGAGGAGGAGGAGGAGAGCACUACCCCCCGAGCCAUAUCCCUCGCGCAGUCGGGGCCAGCGCCUCCUCAAGCCUCCACAGUCUUGCGAGCAGGGGGAGCCCCUCCCCAAGCGUCUCAUCGUCAGACCAAGCCUCCCCUCCGCCUCCUACACCUUCUUCCGCCGCCUCUUCGUCCUCCUCAUCCGCCACAUUCACAGGCCGUUUAGGACAACCACCCCGAGGCCCCCUGUCCCUGCACAGCUACAGUCGUAAAAAUGUCUUCCUCCAUCAUUCCCUACACACUGCCGAACUGCAAGCACUGACACAGAGAGACAGUUGAGGGCUCUCAUUAGUAGCACCUCAACCAUAAGCAGCCAUAUCAUUGACUUAAGUGACAAAAUGUGUGACUGUGUAAAAAUACUGCUGCUCCUUUAGUACAAGUUGCUCAUGAUUCACUGUGGAAACAUGCACUGCACAUGCUUACAGUCACACUCUUUCCUCUCCACAGUGCAGAGCGACCCUUUGCUGAAAUUUUGUUCGUAGAUUUGCUCACUUAAACACACGAUCACAUGCAGGUGCACACACAAAGGCUGUGAGUAUGAAAGAGGCACUCACCCGUCUAUCAGAACUCCCACGAUGUGUCAUGCUGACAAUUUAGAUGUGCUUACGCCCACAGACACAUAAAGUGCACAAAGAGUCUCACAACCUUGUAUCCAUGCACAUGCGCACAUGCACACAAACACACACACACACACACACACACGCACGCACAGGCAGAGACAUCACUUUGGAUAUCUUCAGUCUCUGCCUCACAAUCUGUACAAAAACAGGGUUUUUUAAACCAGGACAAAGACAUGAGGUAUGUAUUUGUGUUUGCUUUUGUUUAUGAGAUUUAUUUGUAUUUGUUUAUGUUAAAAUUUCUACCAGUUCAAACCAUGUGCUGCUUACGGAACUAUGGGACUGGCCACAGUGUGUGCGCGUCAGGAUAUAUUCUCACAUUGCCAAACCCUGCAUCAGAUUAACUCCACAUUCCUUGACGUCCACUUACAGAAGUCCAGAAUUUGAAACUUGUUUUAGGUGACUCUGCAUCCAUUACCCUUUUACUGCAUGCUUUUUAAAAUUUAAAGAAAAAUACAAAUGGGCAUUUUGUACUGCAACAAAAAUGGGAUUGGGGUCUUUUAAUAAUGUUUCAGUAUCAACUCACACCUCAGUGUUUCAACAAGGGAAUCACAGACGUCAUGAGCUCCGAGACAGGAAAAGUGAACUAAUUGUCUUUCCUGCAUAAAUAACACGGACUCUCAUAAAACUGGACAACUGUUUUUGUAGAAAUUCAAUGUUGCAAUAUUACCCCCAAUUAUAUACAAGAACCAAUGUGUGUCUGCAAUGUUAGAUUAGUGCAGGAUUUAAAAUGAAGAGUUUCAUUCUAAAGUGAGGUGUCUGUCAUCAUUAUCCCGACACAGUUAGCAAACAAGAAUUUCCGAUUUGGCUUAACUAGCAUUGCGUAUGUGGGCGUGCGUGCGUGUGUGUGUGUGCUUUUGGAAUGAAGCUCUUCAGAUCUUAAGGACUGGGUAUUGAACAGGGAUGCAUACUGGUGCUUUCCUAAAUGUCGAUACCCAUUUCUAGGAAUAAAAAGGGAACAAAUGUUUCAAAACAUGGCAUUACAGUUGCCUCACACAUUUUCUAUGAUCAUUUUAUUACGAGGAUCAAUUGAGAAGAGUCUGAUUCUGUUAAGUUUGGUGACCGUUUCCUUGAUCAAAUACUCCAAAGGAAAAAAAACGGUUUAAAUCCCAUUUAAAAAAGCAUCAGCACUGAGUUUUUACUGAUACCCAGUCCCUACAUGAUCUUUUAUCUUCCUGAUCUCAAAUGUGUCGGCUGUCUUUUUAAAACUGACCUAAUGAGAUGGUAUUUGGUAUAACGAGGCUCACAAUCAUGUUGUUUUGGACAGUAGGACACAAAUAUUUUGACUGAGAUUUACAUAUGCUGUGUAACUGCCGUGAUCUACUGCGUGGUACAUUUUGGAAUAUACACUCACUGAUCACUUCGCUCAGAGCGCCAUACUAACAACAGGUAGGACCUUCACCAUCACACCACCGGCAGCAGCCUGGACUGUUUACACGAGGCAGGCCGGGUCCAUGGAUUCAUGCCGUUCACGCCAAAUUCUGACCCCACCAUCUCAUGCCUCAGCAGCAAUUGAGAUUUGUCCGAGCUGGCUCCAUUGUUCUAGACUCCAACUGAACAGUUCUGGUGAGCCUGUUCCCACCGCAGCCUCAGACUCCGUCUCCUUGGCUGACAGGAGUGGAACCAGGCGUAGUAAUAUGAUGAUUUAGCCCGUCCACCUCCAGGUGCGACAUUUUGUUCACCCUGAGAUGCUUUUCUGUUCCACCAGAGUUGUGAGGAGUGGUUAUCUGCCCUCCUCCUCUGAUCUGUUUUACUGCACCAUUCUGGGUUCAGCUAUGGAGACUGAGACUGAGCAUGUAAAUCCCAGAUCAGCAGUUUCAGAAUAAAUACUCAAACCAGUCCGUCCGGCACCAACAAAUCAAAAUCACAGGGGUCACAUUCCCCGCUGUUCUGAUGGUGGCACUGCUCUCACAUGAUUGGCCGAUUGGAUAGUCGCACGAGGUGUACAGGUGUUUGUAAUGCAGUGGCCGGUGAGUGUAUUCGCUCGGAUGAACUGACAAGACUGUCGGACAAUCCUUUUCUCUCCCCGUUGGCUUUGGGGCAAAUGUCAUAAUGUCAAGCGGGAGUCGGGAGCCUGCCCCGCUGAUUAGAGCAGGUCAGAGGCUCGGCUCUCCGCAUCCACAAGAAAUGUUGGGUUUUGGGAAAAAUUUUUGACCUCGUCUGUCUCCGAGCAGCACCUGGCUGUGGGGAGGUUGUGUGAAUUGUGGUGUGGGGUGCGUUGUGCUGCACACCUCAUGAGGCAAGGGCCUGGUAGAGGUGAGGAGAGGAGGACAGUCCUGUUCCCACGGGUAAAAGCUGUGAGUCUCCAUCUCGGCUGCUUCAUUUGCACAUCAUUUCCUCUAUUUUUACCCCCCCCCUUUCUCUUUUUGUCCUUAUUUUUUUCCCUUUCUAUUUCAUCUCCCUCAUUCUCUCCCUAUUCAUUUCCCCCCUAUCUUUCCCCAGCAUCCUUCUUUACUGAAUUCAAAACUCAGUUACUCCUUUUGUGUUCUUCUUCUCCUCUUUUCUCAGUCUGUUAUCCUCCUUCCCCCUCUGCCGUGUCUCAGGGCUCUGCUUUCCCUCUGUCUCUGUUCCCCUGCUUAGCCUACUUACCCACAGCCUGUAUUGUCGUACGGCGUCUGUCACAGACUCUGUCGGAGCAGCUCACAGCCCCGGCCACCUGGAGCGGCAGCGCUGCUCAUUUUCAGUUAACUACCUGGUGAAAUGGACGGACGCCAGUGAUGUGGCUCCCGAGGACCUGGACUCACGACCGCAGCGAAAUACCCCCUGUGAGGUUUGUUCACAGGUAGAGGGAAACAAUAUAUCGUUCGCUGGCUGAACUCGAAAGAAAGGCUGUUAACGUCCGUCAUCAGUGUCCGUAUCACAGGCGGAUAUAUCUGAUGGCAGUAGAGGAAAAAAGGCCACUUCUGAAAUGACAGUUCCAACGUGGCAACGACGUCUUUUAUCGAAACCUUUAUGUUUUUUCCUGUCCAGUCGUAACAAGGGAAUGAUUUUGAAUUUAACUGCUGGGAAACGAAGGUCUACAAUCAUUACAGGCACACGUCACAGACCUCAACUCUCCUGUUGACUUGGCAGCGUGUUGUACAUUUACUACAUUUAAUUUGUUGGAAUGUUAUUUAUUGUUUCUGCCUUAUUUAUAUUUUUGACAUGAGACACUUUUCCUGAAAGCAUCUUGGCACUUACAAAUUCAGAGAGUUGUCACGAUGAUAAUAAUCAUUGUGGAAAUGCUAAUCAUGAUAUUAUUAUACUUUUAACCAAUCAUUGAUAUUGUACUGUCCUAAUUUUUUCAUGUGCUUACUGUAAUUAUGUUUUUUUUCUUUUAGUAAAUAAAGAUGAUUAAUUGAAUAAUUGUACAUAAAUUAUUAGAACUAUUGAUGUUGACACUGAAUAAUGGGGUUUUCAUACAUUUGUUUGUCGGCACUAAAGAGAUUAAAACACAAUGAAAAGUUUCAGAUUUUGUUUCACUGAUAAAUGUCUAAUGCAGUCAGAGAUCCGAGCUAUGACCAAAGCAUAUCAGGCUGUAGUUGGGCAUCAGAAAACAAAUGUGACAAACUGAAUUCUAAUGUUAAACUUAUAGGCCCCGAUGCUAAAUUUGACAUGAACUGGGUCAAUUGACUCUCACUUGUAGGUAGUCGUCACUGAUUCAGCCCCACCCCCUUAAAAUCCAGCCUUUGCACUAUGACUCUGCUUGAGAUGACGUUGAAAGUCACAACUUUCCGACCGUGUGCCGAACUGUGCCAGAGAAGUGAAUGAUGGAUGGUUAAAAUGUCUUUUGUUUUUUUUGUUGUUGUUUUUUUUUCAGUUCAUGAUGACAUUCAUUAGGGAUGAUCCAUACAAAACAAAGGAGUGUCUGAUGGGCUUAUUUAUGGUGUGUUAACCCAAAGUAUUUCUCUUCAGUUUCUGUCCCAGAUGGAUUUUGUCACUCUCACAGUUGUUUGUUCAAAUGCUCUAUCAAAAGAUUUUUGUCCACUGUCUGCUUAUUGUUAACAUUAAAUACAAAUAAACUAGAUGAAAACA